AGUUUAUCUUAAACUCAAGUAAACCCCAGAGUUAUUUUUGUUAUAAACCAGAACUUUGCAUUUAAAGCACUCCUGUUUAAAUGGGGGAACCUUUCAUCCGAGCGUGUGCUUUCACCCGGAGCAACAUCAUAGCCGGACUGUAAAUACACCGUCGUCGGCUAUAGUUGUCUCUUUUGGCUGAAAAUAACUACCGAACCACACAAGAGCGCCUAAAUGACUUUCAGGCUAAGUUCAGAGCAGAAGCAGAAGUUACCAUCGUUGGGUGUGAGAGUUUAAAUCACAGCCAAGAUGGACUGGUGCCGCCCGGCUGGACUUCUUUGCUCCUUGUCUCUGCUCACUGCCAUUCUGGGGCUGGACGGUGUCUUCGCGGCAACUCGGGCUGAGAUAGAGCAUCACCUGGAGAUGGGCCGCCAUCUUCUAGCAGCAGGUCAACUGGCUGAAGCUUUGUCCCACUACCAUGCUGCUGUGGAGGCUGAUUCCAAGAAUUACCUGACGUUCUACAAACGCGCUGCAGUGUUCCUGGCCAUGGGCAAGUCUAAGUCUGCCCUUCCUGACCUGACCAGAGCCAUCCAACUCAAGCCUGACUUUCUUGCGGCACGGCUGCAAAGAGGGAAUAUCCUUCUAAAGAACGGCAAUAUGGAGGAGGCCCGCCAGGAUUUUGAAGAAGUGCUGCAGCGCUCCCCAGAACACCUGGAAGCUCAGAAGCAUUUGAUGAAAGCCAUGGAGCUGGAGAACCUCCAGGAGGAUGCCCACGCUUUGUACCACAGAGGCGACUACGGCGCCACCGUCUCGGUUCUGGAGCGCGUAAUUGAGAUCUCUCCAUGGGAUCCCGAGUCACGGGAGCUCCGUGCAGAAUGUUACAUCCGCAUGGGCGACCCGCAAAAGGCCAUCCAGGACCUGACACCAACCACAAGGUUGCGCAACGACAACCGUGCCGCCUUUCUGAAGCUCAGCAAGCUGCACUAUAGCCUAGGAGAGCACCACGAAUCACUAAACCACGUCCGAGAGUGUCUGAAGCUGGACCAGGACGACAAGGCGUGCCUGAGCCACUACAAGCAGGUGAAGAAGCUCAGCAAGCAGCUGGACUCUGCAGAGGAGCUCAUUCAGGAUGACAGGUACCAGGACGCCAUCAACAAGUACGAGGCUGUGAUGAAGACCGAUCCCCAUGUGCCGCACUACACCAACCAAGCCAGGGAGAGGAUCUGCUUCUGUCUGCUCAAGCUGAAGUUGGUCAUGGAGGCCAUCGACGUGUGCUCGGAGGCACACCAGAUGGACCCUCGCAAUACCAAAAUCCUGCGCGACCGAGCCGAGGCUUUCAUCCUCAACCAUGACUACGAGAAGGCUGUAGACGACUACCGAGAGGCGCUAGAGUUUGACAGCCACAGUAACGACCUCAAGGAAGGACUGGAGCGAGCCCAGAAGCUGCUGAAGAUCUCCCGCAAGAGGGACUACUACCAGAUCCUGGGAGUGAACAGGGCUGCAAACAAGCAGCAGAUCAUCAAGGCCUACAGGAAGUUGGCGCAGCAGUGGCACCCUGACAACUUCCAGUCGGAGACUGAGAAGAAGGAAGCGGAGAAGAAGUUCAUUGACAUUGUGUCUGCCAAAGAGGUCCUCACUGAUCCAGAAAUGAGACAGAUGUUUGACGCAGGCGAUGACCCAUUGGACCCAGAGAGCCAGCAGCAGGGCGGAGGAAAUAACGGACAAGCUUGGCCUUUUUCUUUCAACCCCUUUGAGGGUGGCAGCUUCCACUUUAAGUUCCAGUAGACAAGGACUUCAUGGCGUCAGGCUGAGGACGUCUUUUGAUGGCACAAGCGGGAAGAAAAAACUGUGAAGCGACUUUAGCUUCUGUUAACCCUUUUUAUUUGAAUCAUUAUGUGCCAUUGGUAAAUUCAGUCCUUGAUGGAAGCAACAGGAGGACCCCAUUUCAUUAAGUGGGGAAAUAUAUAUUUAGACAUGAUUUUAGUUUUAAGCACUUUUAUUUUAAAGAACCACUUUGCAUUUUAACGGCUGUUUAAAACGGCAACUAUUUGCAAACCAAAAGUGUCUUAAUGUGUUGGAUAAGCAUUCAUAGGAGACCUUGUUCAUAUAAUUCACUGCUUAUUUCUACACUGACGCUCAAUUUGUAAACGCUAUUUAUUUGAUAAAACAAGUUAUUUAUUUAGAUUUUGAUUGUACUAUCAUUGUUUCUGUUGCAGACGUUGAACUGCAUUAAAAAUACCUAAAUGACACAA